AUGAGCUACUAUAAUACUAAUGAUCGUAGUAACGAUAGCAAUUAUAACAGUCAUGGUAACAACGGUAGCGGGUAUAAUCAAUGGAAUCAAUACAAUAACCAACAUGUCCAGCAAAACUAUCAGGACUAUCACCAAUACCACCAAUACCACCAACAGCAGCAGCAGCAGGUAUAUGACUCAAGUUAUGGGUAUGAGCCAUCCGCAGAUGAUGUGACACCCACUGAACCGCUCAGUUACGAACAACACCCGUACAACACUUCACUUCCCAGGAACUUUACGACCGUGGAGAACCAAUAUGACAGUUUUAUAGUCCACGGUAAUGGCAGAAUGGGUCGCCCAGCGCCGCCCGUCAUACCGUCCAAUAGUAGGAUUCAGACUCCACCCACUGCAUAUAACGAAACGUUUGUCCAGCCCAAUCAUACACCAAUGCCAAAUGAGGCACAUAUGUUUCAAGUUCCCUCCAUAAACGUCAUUCAAACACCGUCUGAUUUCACACAAGAUUCCACUAUUGAUCUGGUUAACACCCAAAAUCGUCAGCAACACCAAUAUGGUGAAGACAAUUACCACCAACAACCUGAUGGUACGUAUAGUGGAAACAACAGCGUUACUAACUUCCGGUCCUCUACAGCAUUGAGUAACACUCCCAGUGACGUAUCGAACAACGAUGAGACAUAUCCGAUACUGAACAACUACUCUCAGCAGCAUUUGUAUAACGAUGCGAACAAUACAAACUCAGCAUCUGUUGACCUGGAGGAUUCGUACAUUGAUCAGAAUGGAGACGAUUACCAGAUCAAUUCAUAUCUUGGUAGGGACGGUGAGGUAAUUGACCCUUAUAGCGGGGGUCUUCUGGCCAUCUACGAUAACAAGGAUGAUGAUUCAGAAUUCAGUAACGAAUUGGACAAAGAAUAUCGGGAUCUUGGAGACUACAGCGACGCCAACACAAUUAACAAACUGGCCGCGGUAAAAUCAAGAUCUUUACUAUCAAGCACAUCAUCAAGUAGUGCCCUCAAUGCGCCACUGCUGGAACAGGACAUGGGUGAUUCAUCAGAGAGCACCAAACGUAAUCUACCGAGGAGGGCCACCACCAAAAUUAGGAAAUUCAAACUGUUUAGAGGUAAUUUUGUCUUCGAUUCGCCAAUAAGUGCAUCGUUACUUGAUAGGUACUCUUUGGCGGUUGAUAAAGAAAAUGUUCUGUCGAACGAAUUCAAAUUUAUGAGAUACCAAGCAAUUACUUGUGGACCACAAGAAUUGGCAAUGAAGAACUUUACUGUGAGACAACUGAAAUAUAUGAGACCCAGAGAAACUGAACUGAUGAUCGUUAUCACCAUGUACAAUGAGGAUCAUGUAUUAUUGGGGAGAACUCUGAAAGGGGUAAUGGACAAUAUCAAAUACAUGGUCAAAAGGACCAGGUCCAGUACGUGGGGUCCGGACGCAUGGAAGAAAAUUGUCGUCUGUGUUGUCUCUGAUGGUCGUUCCAAGAUCAAUGAGAAAUCGUUGGCGCUUCUGAGUGCAUUGGGUUGUUACCAAGAUGGUUUCGCAAAAGAUGAGAUUAACGACCAGAAGGUGGCGAUGCAUAUGUACGAGCACACCACUAUGAUGAACAUUUCCAGCGUUGAUGAAAACGGCAUCGAAUUGGUGUGUAACCAAAGCACCGUCCCAGUUCAAUUACUUUUUGCAUUGAAGGAGCAAAAUCAAAAAAAGAUCAAUUCGCAUAGAUGGGCUUUUGAAGGGUUUGCUGAAUUGUUACAACCGCGGAUUGUUACUUUGCUCGAUGCUGGGACAAUGCCUGGUAAGGACUCCAUCUAUGAACUCUGGAGAGAAUUCCGCAGCCCCAUUGUCGGUGGUGCUUGUGGUGAAAUCAAAACCUUCCUUGGUAAGGGGUUUACAAAGCUGGUUAAUCCAUUAAUUGCGUCGCAGAAUUUUGAAUACAAGAUGUCGAACAUUUUGGACAAAACCACUGAAUCCAACUUUGGAUUUAUUACGGUACUACCAGGUGCCUUCUCGGCAUAUAGAUUUGAAGCUGUUCGUGGUCAGCCGUUGGAAAAGUACUUUUACGGGGAAGGGUUGGAGGAUAAGGGUUUUAAUUUUUUCUCCUCCAACAUGUAUUUGGCCGAGGAUCGUAUUCUAUGUUUUGAGAUUGUAACCAAAAAGCACAGUAACUGGGUUUUGAAGUACUGUCGCAGUUCAUACGCUUCGACUGAUGUUCCUGAACGUGUCCCAGAAUUCAUUCUACAGAGAAGAAGAUGGUUGAAUGGGUCCUUUUUUGCUGCUGUCUAUUCGUUUUGUCAUGUACACAGGGUUUGGACCAGUGGGCAUAAUGUUUUUAGGAAGUUAUGGCUGACUUUUGAAUUUCUCUACUUACUCUUCAACACCAUUAUAUCGUGGUUCUCCCUAAGUUCGUUCUUCUUAGUUUUCAGGAUUUUGUCUUUGUCCAUUGCAUUGAAGUACCAUAAAGUAUACGGUGUGUUAUCUGUUGUCUUUUUGUGGCUAUACGGUGUUUCGAUUUUUUCUACGUUCAUUCUUUCCUUAGGAAAUAAGCCGAAAAGUACAGAGAAGUACUACGUGCUGAAUUUCUUAUUCUUUGCCGUGUUGAUGUGUUACAUGCUGUUUUGUUCCAUCUUCAUGGCCGUAAAGUCCUUUGAAGAUAUUUUGGAUGGUCCGCAUAUUACUUUUGAGGGGUUGAUCACGAAGAGGACUUUCCGUGACAUGGUGAUUUCUAUGGGGUCGACCUAUGUGCUGUAUUUUGCGAGCUCGAUCAUCUAUUUGCAGCCUUGGCAUAUGAUCACGAGUUUCGUGCAGUACAUCCUGCUGAGCCCCUCGUACAUCAACGUACUGAACAUUUAUGCCUUCUGUAACGUUCACGAUCUUUCGUGGGGUACCAAGGGUUCUGUUUCGAAGAGCUCGCUGGGCAAGAUUACAUCCAAGGAGGAUGGUACUUUCAAGAUGGAGGUGCUAGUCUCCAAUGCUGAGAUUCAAGCGAAUUACAACAAAUUUAUGGAGAUUUUGAACGAUAACUCGACCCCUGAGGACAGUGGUGAUUCCCUGUCCUAUGAGGAGAAGAAGACUGGUUACUACGCAAACGUCAGAGCUUUAGUAAUUAUUUUCUGGGUGAUGACGAAUUUCGGUGUAGUCGCUGCCGUUUUGGAGACAGGUGGUAUUGGCGACUAUCUGUCGAUGAGGCACGGCAAUGCCGGUGAACUUGACCAGCAGUUCCAAAAACCCUUACUGACAGCAAACGCGACCGUCUACUUCACCAUAAUUCUGUGGCUAGUGGCGCUAUCUGCUGUGAUCAGAUUCUUUGGUUGUGCAGCUUACAUGUCCAACAGAUUUUUCAAUAGGCUGUUCCGGAAAUGA